GGAGGGCUCCGCUUCUCCUCCCUCGCUUCGCCGCCUUACCCUCUCUCCAAUAGAAUCACCCGUCAAAGCCUUCUCGGCUCGGGAACCUCAUAAUAAAUAUUUAAACACACCUCCUCCGCCUCGGCUUCAAGGUCGCAACUCCAAAGCCGGUCCGGUCGAACCGAUUCUACGGAUUAAUAAAAGGGCGCAACCCGGUCCGCGUCCAUUUACCCAGGAUAGUUUCCAUUUGGCUUUGUUCUGGGUGAGAGUGGGGAGGCAUGGGCGGAGCGCCGGGGGCGGUGGCCGUGGGCAUCGCGACGGUGCUUCCCUUCCCCUUCUACUAUCUUCUAUGGAAUUACCCGCAGGCAUGGGUGGAUGUAUGCGGGAAAGGCGUGGACCCUUCCCAUCGGAUGGCUCAGGUCUCUCACGUCCUCAAGAUCCUCCAGCUCCUCGCUCUAUUCUCCGUCGCCCGAUUCUGCUGGCCGCCGUGGUACUGCUACCCCCUCUUCGCCGUGGGCCAGUACCUCAACUUCAAGGUGUAUCAAUUGCUUGGUGAGGCAGGCACUUACUAUGGUGUACGCUUCGGAAAGAGUGUUCCAUGGGUAACAGAGUUCCCCUUUGGGUACAUUAAGGACCCACAGUAUAUUGGAAGCAUCCUGAGUCUUCUUGCAAGUUUAUGUUGGGUUCCCUUCCAGUAUGUGUUUCUGUGGCUGCUUGGUUAUCUCUUCAUGAUGUGGGUGGAAUCCAAGGAAGAUCCAGCAACUCGUGCCAAGCCGCUCGCCUGAUUUAUUUGAUUGAAGAGAGAUUAAUCACAGAUUAUUGCUGAAAUUGGAAUGAUUGAUCUUUUUUAAGACAAGUAAUUCUUGGUUAUCAUUUUUGCUGACGCUAGUAGCUCCUGUGAUUGCAACUUUUUGUAAGGACUAGGGAGAAAGGAAGGGGACUGACUUGCACUAUAAGAAUGCAGAUCCAGAUCUAUGCCAUAUUACCCACAGUUAUUUUUUUUUUGGAUAUGUACCUUCCAAGCAUCCAAACUAGAAUAUCUAGUUGGCAAGAGAGGCGUGUGACCAGUAGGACAAGCUCUGAUUUAUAUCUUUGCACUCUGUUCAUAUAUGAGUUUUAUAAAUUUGAUAUUUUGGGCUUUAUCUUA